AGGAGGGCUGGAGGAUGGAGGUGAGUCCGAAGUCCCAUCCUGUCAGCCAGCUCCAGUUUGAUGUCAUCGUUGGAGCCGACGGACGCAGGAACACGUUGCCAGGUUUCAGGCGUAAGGAGUUCAGGGGGAAGCUGGCCAUCGCCAUCACAGCCAACUUCAAGAACAGGAACACCUCAGCGGAGGCCAAGGUGGAGGAGAUCAGCGGCGUGGCUUUCAUCUUCAACCAGAGGUUCUUCCAGGAGCUGCGGCAGGAAACCGGGAUCGACCUGGAGAAUAUUGUGUACUACAAGGACGACACACACUACUUUGUUAUGACAGCAAAGAAACAGAGUCUGCUGGACAAAGGAGUCAUUCUACAGGACUUUGCAGACACCGAGCAGCUCCUCUCUCGAGGGAAUGUGGACCAGGACGCUUUGCAGGCAUACGCACGCGAGGCCGCGGACUUCUCCACCAAUCACCAGCUGCCGAUCCUGGACUUCGCCAUGAACCACUACGGUCAGCCGGACGUCGCCAUGUUCGACUUUACCUGCAUGUAUGCGUCAGAGAACGCCGCCAUGAUCCGCCAACGCCGUGGACACCAGCUGCUGGUCACUCUGGUCGGAGACAGUCUGCUCGAGCCCUUUUGGCCGAUGGGGACGGGCGUAGCUCGGGGGUUCCUGGCAGCUCUGGAUUCAGCCUGGAUGAUAAGAAGCUGGGCUCAGGGUGCAGCGCCUCUGGAUGUCCUGGCUGAGAGGGAGAGUUUGUACCGUCUGCUCCCUCAGACGACUCCAGAGAACAUGCAGAAGAGCAUCAGUCUGUUCACAGUGGAUCCAGUGACAAGAUACCUGAACGUCGGUCCGCUGGCCGUCACACCUGCUCAGGUGAGACACCUGGUGAACACCGGCGAAGAGGCGGAGCCAAACACCAGUGAAAGUGAAAUUAUCCGGCUGCCUUCACCCAGUCUUUUAGGACAAGACUCCUGCUCUCAGUCUAACCAGCUGCUGGCCUGGUGUCAGCAGCAGACUCGGGGCUACAGAGGGGUCGCUGUUUCUGACCUGACCACAUCCUGGAAGAGCGGCCUCGCCCUGUGCGCUCUUAUCCACCGCAGCCGGCCGGAUCUGAUAGACUACGACUCUCUGGACGAGUCGACGGUGGAGGAAAACAUCCGACUGGCGUUCGACGUGGCCGAGCGGGAGUUUGGGAUCUCUCCUCUGAUGACGGUGGAGGAAAUGUCGUCUGUUGGGGAACCGGACUCUCUAUCCAUGGUGAUGUACCUGAGUCAGCUCUACCAGCUGCACAAAGAACUGCGCCGUCCUGCUGGCUCCCUGAGUCAGAACGCUGAUCUGAGAGCAGCUCUCAUCACUCCAGCCUCCCUCCUCAGCAGACUGGCAUCCAGCCCGUCCAGGAAGAGAAACCCAAAGGAGCAUGGCGGCGCUCUGGGCAAACGGAGAAGGACGAGUCAGGAGUGUGGAGAGCUUCAGGAGUCAUGCGACUUCAAUGGGGACUUUGAGGAUAACUUUGUGGGCGGGACCAGCCGGUCCCGCGUUCGUCUGAUGGCCAAUCAGCUGCAGGCGAAGCUGGACGAGAGCUCCUCCACAUGCAUGACCUCCUCUUCUUCUUCUGCUGCAGCCCUACGUCAGCAGCAGGAGGACCCGUCCAGCCUCCCUUCCCCUUCAGAGUCUGCAGACCACCAGCCGGUCUCUCCUCCUGCGCAGACGUCACCAUGGAGACCGAGAAAGCGAACCCUUCAGCAGGAGCAGAUGAGUUUCCGCUUCAGAGAGAGGAUCAAGUCUCACUGGGCGUCCAGCAGGGACGAGCAGUGUCUUCAGAUGUACACCGGGGGGGUGAGCGCGCUGGCUGAGCAGAUAAGCAGCCGCAUUCAGCGCCAGCAGCAGAGUAGCUCGGUCUCCGUGGGCAGCGACGUCUGUUUCUUCUGCAAGCAGAAGGUUUAUGUGAUGGAGCGUCUGAGCGCCGAGGGCCUGUUCUUCCACCGCAGCUGCUUCCGCUGCGAUUCCUGCAGCGCGCCCCUCCGGCUGGUGUCCUACAGCUACCACCAGGACAGCGGGAGGUUUCACUGUCUGCAGCAUCCUGAAUGCCAGCUGGGCGCUCCCACCCUGAGGAAGAGGCCGACUCCGCCUGCCUCGGCUGGAGCUUCAACGCCGUCCCUGUCUUCAGCUCCAUCCCUCUCUGACUCUCUGGCCGAGCGGCGCCGGUCCUCAGCUGCGUCUGUGAUGGCGGCGACGCCCGAGAGGAUCGAGCUGGAAAACCGCAGGAAGCACGAGCUGCAGGAGGAACCUGAGGAGGUCUCAGAGGAGGUGCUGAACCGAUUCAACCUGAGCGAGGAGGCGGCCGUGCAUGUCAGCAGCAGAGACCUCCUCCCUCCUGCCGGUGUGUUUCCUGCUGUCAGUUCAGAGGAAGAGGAGGGUGAAGAAGGUCCACGCUGUGACAGCUCACAGGAGGCGACAGCUUCAUGGAGGCAAACUGUGCUCCCUGUGAGAGGUGAGGAAGAGGAGGAGGAGGAGGAGGAGAGAGAGGAAGGCAGCGCUGACGAAGACAAGUCCAGCGAUGAGGGGGAGUACAGCCCGUGGGAGACGGAGCGUCGCUCGGGCCUCUGGCUCCUGUCAGAGGAGGAGUCUACUCCUCACACCUGUGACACACCUGUGCAGCACGGCUCCGCCUCCUCUCCAUCUCCUUCUAUAACUCCGCCCAAUGCACCGACACCUGACGCUGCCAAAGCUCCUCUCUCACCUGUCAUCGUCAUGGACACGGCAGCGCAGAAGCGACCUACAGCGGGGGGGCGGGGCUCGUUUGAUGACAUCACACCUGAACUGCCACAGAAGAAGCCCCUCCUCAAGGAGGAGCAUGAGGAGGUGGAGUCAGAAGAGAAGGUCAGAGAGGCUCCUCCCCCUGGGCAGGUGGAGUUCAGUGGAGGCGGAGCCAGAAGCCUUUGGAAGGCGGCGCUCCCUGGGAGUGAAAAGGAACAGAAACGGAGGGGCAGGACUUUGCCUGCAGAGAAACCCAGGAGGUUACCAGCCAAUCAGAGGAGAGUUACAGUGGCGGGAGAGGAAGUGGAUCUGGACUCGUCGACUCUGCUACAGAGAUGUUCGCUGAAACCCAGAAACAAUCUGCAGCUGGAGCUGUUUGGCCUCGUGUCUGAACUCCAGAAAGUUUCUAUGGAAGAGGAGGAAGAGGAGAACCAGCAGGCAUACGUUCCUCACGCUCUGGCAUUCAGGCGAUCAUACGCAGUCAAGAGAAAACCCUUGAGGGACAGAGUCCAGGACUCUGAUGGACAGUCCUCGUGUCCCACAGAGGUGGUGGGCGUUCUAGCGCAGCCCAAGGAACCGUCCAGUCUGAGCGUGAGGGAGACCAUGUUCCACAAGGAGCCAGAGGAUGAAGACGAAGACCUGGACGCCAAAAUCACUCGCCGUGUCCAGAGAGCUGCCAGGAGACAGGCAAAAAAAGACCAGCUGAAGAGGCUGCACAAGGCUCAGAUGAUCCAGCGGCAGCUGCAGCAGGUGGAGGUGAAGCAGAGACAGCUGGAGGAGAGAGGAGUGAUGGUGGAGAAAGCUCUGAGAGGAGAAGCAGACUACUGGGAGGAUUCCAGCCACGGUCCAGACAUGGAGCUUCACCUAGGAGGACUGGGUAAACUGGAUAACCUGGCUCUGAUGCAGCAGUGGUUCCAGCUGGUCCAGCAGAAGAACUCUCUGGUUCGAUACGAAUCUGAACUUAUGAUAUUCGCCCGCGAGCUGCAGCUGGAGGACAGACAGAGUCAGCUGCAGCAGGAGCUCAGAGAGAGGAUGGCUGUGGAUGAUCACCUGAAGGAUGAGGAGCAGCUCGCUGAGGAGCGCCUGAUCUUGGAGGAGAUGCUGGAGGUGGUGGAACAGAGGGAUGCUCUGGUGUCUCUGCUGGAGGAGCAGCGGCUGCUGGAGAAGCAGGAAGACCAGGACCUGGAGCAGGUCUUGAUGGCUGGAGGACUAGGACUCAGCUGGACCUGAAGAAACUCCUGUCAGCUGGUAUUAGAAGACUCAGCUGAUGCAGAACCUGAAUCCAAAUGAGAUUUAAUAGAAUGCAGAGCAGGACCUGACAGAGCUGCUGGACAUGGAAGUUUCUGGUGGAAAAGGUCCUCCUGCAGCAUUUAAGUGGUUCUGGUUCUGAAAGUGGAAACUUUGAUGGCUGCGGCGCUGAGAUGUUCAAACUUCAGUAAAGUUCUCCUGGAUCCUAACAGGACCUCAUUGACAAUUCAUGGCAGAACAUCCUGCAGAAAAUGUUGACUCAGAUUAGAAAGGUUCUGAUUCGGUUCUGAUUCGGUUCUGUUUGGGUUCAGUCGGGAACGCUCUGCUUUUCUCUUUGCUUCUGUUAAACGGCCAAUCAGAACGCAGCUGGCUUUGCCUUCAACGCCUCCAUGUUUACUGAACCUUCAUGUUCUGGUCUGGGUUUCCUGAAGCUCUGGAUUUACCUUCAUGGACAAUAACUCCAGGAAGUCACUGGACUGGAAAAAUAACGGAUUACUGUGAAAAUAAAAUACUUCAAAUGUUCAUUUUAAAAUAUAAAUAUCCACAUACGUCUAAUUAAAUAAUAUUAAAUCAAUGACAUUAAACUUUAAAUUCAAAAUCAUUAUGAAAAUACAACUUAGCAAUAAGUUCUGAUUAUUGUAAAAAAAUUGAUUCUAAAAUAAAUUAUGAAUUUACAAUAAAAAAGAUUUAUUCAUGAGUUAUAUUUUAGUUCAAUUGUGUAGCAAAAAUGUGAAGUUUUAAAAAAGACAAACAGAAUAAUCCUUGACUUUUGUCAAAUAAAAAUAAAAUGACAGUGAAAGUAUAAUCAUAAAAUGAAAUGUCAAACAAUUUGCAUAAAUGUGUGCAUAAAUCAUUGAAAUAUGUAUUUAUAUAUGUAUGAAGCCAAUUUGAACCAUUGGCAGAGUAGCCUGUAAGUACUGAAAAGUUAAAAUGUGAAUUAAAAAUAAAGCUAAAGAUGUUAACUAAUGUGAUUAAUAACUUACUUUGUUAAAUUAUUAAAUUAGGAAAAUAUUAUGAAAAUCUAAAUUAUUUUAACAAAUGGCUGAAUAAACCCUAAUUAUUGG